AUGAAGAUCUCACGCAUCGUUGCUACCGCUCUUGCCACCACCACCACCUUGGUAACCGCCGGUCCUGCAGCCUACGGACUCUGCCAGGCCGGCUGCGCAGGCCUCGUCGGGGCGUGCUACUCAGCUGCUGGCUUCACCUUCGGAACGGUUGUAGCGGCGGCAACCACUCCGGCUUGCGGCUCUGCUUCUUCCAACAUCGUGAUCAGCUGCAUAGCGGGUCUGGAAGGCUCUCGCACUUUUGUUGGCGCCUCUUCGCUGGUUUGGCUGGAUAUGCUGGGAAAGGAGGAUUAA